GAGACCGUGAAAAGUAAAAUGGGAAGAACGUUUCCGGACGGAUAAAAUAGUAAUAAGUAUAAAAAACUGUCGCAUGGCAUAAACAAUGUCACAUGUCAACUUAUUAGAGAUUAAUUUUCAUUUUUAUAUAAAAAUGAAAAAUGAUUGGUGAAUCAAGAUUUUCCUAUAAUUGGUGAGUCAAAAGUCUCAUUUUCACUUAUUGCCCAAAGAAAGUAUCAUUUUCACUUUGAUCAAUCAAGGGAUAACUCAUGUUAAUCUCCUCUUAAAGUCCACAAAUAACCCCAUUCACCCCUUCACCUUAUGUCUCCUUUCUUGGAUUUAUAAAUUUAGUAAUUUUGCACCCUUACCCUUGCAAAAAAGUAAAAUAAAAAAAGGCAUAAUGAAGGGCAUCCUGAAACUCCAAACUUUCUUUCUCAUCUUCUUCAUUGCUUCUUUAGCAUCUCAAGCAAGAACAUUGCAAGAGAAAGACGAGGAAAAGAAGAAAACCACAUUAUUGUAUGAGAUGACGACGACCUUCUACUCCGACGACAACCUGCCCCCGCCCGCCGGUGGAUUAACGCCGCCCCCUCCGCUAUCUCCAAAUGCAAUUGAAUACGGAGGACCGCGGGCAAUACGGCCACCGCCAUCGCCACGGCGUCAUAUAACGCCGCCACCGGUUCUGUUUUCAAAUGCAAUUCAUUAUGAACGAAAGCCGACAUCGCCACCGCCGCCUCCGAAGUCAGACAGACCAAGCCAUCCUGCGCCUACCGUCGGUUAUGAACGUCGGGAGAAAGCAUCUCCACCGCCGCCACAGCAUCAUGUAACGCCGCCACUGACUCUGUUUUCAAAUGCAAUUUAAUAUGAACGAAAGCCCACAAUAUCGUCGUCGCCGCCACAUCAUCAUGCAACGCCGGUGGCUCAGUCUCCAGGUACAAAUAAAUAUGGGCGAGGGGCAAAAUCGCCCCCGCCUCCUAAUGCAGAUAGACCAUCCCAUCCAUAUCAUGCAAGGUCGCCACCAUCCGGCGGCGUUGAAGAGAACGGCGGUGGCGAACUGGAGAUUCCGGUGGAGGGCAACCUGGUGGCCUCCGAAUGAUGAUGUUAUGCUAUAUCCUAU